AUGUCCAGAGAAUAUUUCCACAGGAUAUGGAAUCGUUUAUAUGACCCGUUGGUGUUUCGUUGUAACAGUAUAGGAGGAAGUAAACCAAAGGUAGCAACACCUAGCGUCGUUUCAAAAAUAGAAGAUCUGAAACGAGAUAAUCCUACCAUGUUCGCCUGGGAGAUUCGUGAUAGACUUCUUACCGAUAAUAUUUGCGUUGCUUCCAAUGUACCUAGCGUCAGUUCCAUCAAUAGAAUUCUACGUAACAGAUCAGCGGAACGAGCUGCUGCAGAAUACGCCAAAAUGGCGUCACAAGUUUUACAUCCAGUGUAUUCACCUUGCAUGGAACCCGCCGAUUGUCCACCGCUAGAAGAAUCAUUUGAUAGUCGCCAAAAAUUACGGAGAAAUCGUACCACUUUUACUCAAGUUCAACUGGAUAUUUUGGAAAGGGAAUUUGAAAGGUCACAUUAUCCAGGAGUAGUUACCAGAGAAGACCUUGCUACCAAAACAAACUUAUCCGAGGCAAGAGUUCAGGUCUGGUUUUCCAAUCGAAGAGCUAAAUGGCGUCGCCAUCAAAGGUUGAAGCUUCUACAGGGAACGGGACCUUACCUGUUUCAAUAUCCAUCGUUCGACAUCAACCGAGAAGUCGUAAAUCAUCCUUUGAAUUUAAUACAAGCUAGACACGGUUCCCCCAUUGAGACGCCAUUUUCUCCUGAUCUCCCACCGAAUUUUUCACCCUUCACUCCGUCCGCAAAUCAACCCAAGCAGUUCUCAUCACAAGAAUCAUACAUUCCGCUAAAUUUAAAAAUUUCGCCGUCGCCGUCGCUUACUCUCGGCGGAGGAACAUCUGCGUUUGAACCUCCCCCAAAAAGAACUGUUGAAAACACGACGCCCUCAGAUACAGAAGAAAACAAGACGAAUAGCACCAUUAUUGAUAUUGGAAAUGAAUUAACCGAAUAA